AUGUCGUCUCAACAGCAACCACAGCCAUCCCCCGUAACAGGCGACUUGAACGGUUCUAAUGCAAAUCCAGGUUUGAGCACUGGAGUGGGUUGGUAUAUUCUUGGCCAAGAUCAACAACUCAUAGGCCCAUACACCGUUUCUGAAUUGCAGGAGCAUUAUUCAAAUGGAUACUUCUAUGGGAAUACACUUGUGUGGUCAGAAGGAUGUAGCGAAUGGCAGCCACUAUCCUCGGUUCCCGGGUUGUUGAUUCACUCAUCUCAACAAGAUGCCGAUUACUCAAGUUCAGUCCCCAUCGCCUCUAAUGAAGAAGAUGAGUUUGAAAAGUGGCAAAAGGAGGUGAGGGAAGCAGAAGCAGAAGCUCUAUCAAACAUUAAUGAUGACAAUGAAAGACCUACAACACCACCUGAGGGAGAGGAAGAAUUCACUGACGAUGAUGGAACUAAGUACAAAUGGGAUCGAAAUCUUAAAGCUUGGGUUCCUCAGGAAAACACAACUCAGACAACUGAGGAAUAUGCUCCGGAAGAUAUGACUUUUCAGCUAGAAGAGGAGGUCUUUCCAACAAAUGCUGAUGAUCUGUCAGCAAAGGAAGUGGAUAAUGUUGCCAGUGAAGCAGAAUCAAAGCAGAAUGGCAAGAGAAAGCUGCCAGAGGAAACUGCUGAUAUUAAAACUGAGGAAACUGCUGAUAUUAAAACUGAGGAAAAGAAGGUUGUUGAAGUAUUUUCCAAGUGCGGGAUUAUAAAAGAUGAUCCUGAAACAAAAAAGCCUCGAGUGAAGAUUUAUGUUAACAAAGAAACUGGAAGGAAAAAGGGGGAUGCACUUGUAACAUAUCUGAAGGAACCUUCGGUGGACCUGGCCAUCCAAAUAUUGGAUGGAGCUCCUCUAAGGCCUGGUGGCAAGAUCCCCAUGUCAGUUACAAAAGCUAAGUUUGAGCAGAAAGGGGAGAAAUUUGUAUCCAAGCAAGUGGACAAGAAUAAGAAGAAGAAACUUCAGAAAGUUGAAAGGAAGAUGCUUGGCUGGGGUGGUCAUGAUGACUCGAAGUUGUUGGUUCCAGCUACUGUUAUUCUUCGUUACAUGUUCACCCCUGCAGAAUUAAGGGCUGAUGAAAAUUUGUACUCUGAAUUAGAGGAAGACGUCCGUGACGAAUGUGGAAAGCUUGGGCCUGUGGAUUAUCUCAAGGUUUGUGAGAACCACCCACAGGGUGUUGUCUUGGUCAAAUUUAAAGACAGAAAGGAUGCACUUAAAUGCAUAGAGCUGAUGAAUGGACGAUGGUUUGGUGGAAGGCAGAUACAUGCAAGUGAGGAUGAUGGAUUGAUAAACCAUACUUUGUCUGUAGUGUUGCGUGUAGAUUAUGAGGUUACAGAUUCAUCGACCUUUCUGAAACACAGAUGGCCUGCAAUUCAAUUUAUUGUGAACUAUUCCGAGCUUUGA